AUGAAGAAAUACUUUUUUUAUUGUGUGCUGUUACAAUAUAAUAUUUCUGCAUCAAAUUCUAUUGAGAAUUUUAACUUGGAAAGAAAGAAAUCCGGCUACAAUGGUGAUCAGGAUGAUUUUGAGAAUUCAGGUAGUGGGUCAAUGGAUUCGAAAUACUAUGAUGAGAAUUUUUUUACUACAGAGAAAGUUGAUCUCUCUACGAGUCGGAGUAGAAAAAAGUCUGUUUUACAUAAAUCUGCUAACGAACCGUUAAGAGAAGAUUUCGAUAUCAAGGCUAAGAACCGAAAGCCAUUGUGUCAAAAAAUGUUGCAAGAUUGUCGUCGAAAACGUUUCUUUGGCACGCAACGUGUAGAAAAGUGUAUUGUAAAUGAUGAUGAUGCAAUCCUAAAAGCUUCUCGAAAAUUUUUUGGUAUUUUAAAAGCGAAUAAAAAUGUACAAGAUUAUGUAGAUAUGUUAUCUCAACUUUCAAAUGUCAAAUUUCAUUUAGAUAGGUCUAAGUUUACAGAGUAUGUUUUUUCAAUUUUAAAGGAGGAGAAAAGUGAUAUGAGUUUUGAUAAGGAGUUUGAUUUUUUUACAUAUUUUCUUGCUCGGUGUAGUUAUAUGUUGAUUUUUCGAAUAAGUGUAAAUCCAGCGAUGAAAAUAAAAAACGAAGUUUCUGAAAGGAUAUGGUCUGAGAUUGAAAGAAGCUUGGAAAUUAAACUUUAUUCAAACUGUUUAUGGGAAGUUCGGCAGUUAUUUAAAACUAAAAAUUAUAUUAAAAUAGUACAAAGUCUUGAAUCGAUAAUAGACGAUAAAGAUCUAGUGAAAGAUCCAAAAUUGAAGGAUAUACAUGAAGCUUUGAAAUUUAUGGAUGAUGUAAAUGACGGAAAGUAUUUAUUUACUAAUAGGCGUGUAGAAGUUGUAAAAAUUGAUUGUGUAAAGGAAGCUUCGAAAAAUGAACAGGUUAAAACUUUUGAAAAUACUGGUAAUAACAGUAAUAAAUUUGACAGUAGAACGAAUUCUGGAGUGAAGUAUUAUGGUGGUAAUUAUAAUGGUACAAAUUUCAAUUUUCCAUUAACAAGUAGCAAUAUUUCUCAGCAAAACUUUUCUGCUUUACCUAAUUCUAAUGGUUUCGAUGCAGAUGCAUCAUCUUAUCAAUUAUGUCUCAACAAUGCGGCGGAAGUAGAAAAUGAUAAUAUUGUAUUAGUGAGUGCUGUGUUCUUUCCAUUGAUUUUUAUAUUAUUUAUUAUAAUUUUUAUAUGGAAAUGCUAUAAUUGUAGACUACCUAAGAAGAAAUUUAGCGAAUGUAAGAUUAAGAAAGAUGUAAAUGAGGACUUGGAACCAUUAAUUAAGAAAGAUAGCAAUUCAUAUGGGAGUGUUGACGAACUGAGCUUGCCUUAA